AUGAAACAAGAACUACCAUUUAUUUAUAAACCUUCAUCAGAAUCAAGUAUAUUACGAGCUCUUCUUGUCUUUUAUCCAACUGAUCAAGAUCAAACAUUUCAACCUGAAUUUCGAUGGUUAUAUCGUUCAUGGACUGAAAUGAUGACAUAUGAAUCAUCAUUAUGGAGAACUGAUUUAAUUGUUUAUGCUAAUGAAUAUGUAUCACUUUUUAAAGAUCUUGAUUGUACAUAUGAUCAAAUACGUAACGAUUCAAAAGAAAAACCUAAAUGUCGUGUUUUUCCUUAUAUUCGUAUUAAAGAUCGUCAAUCAAAACAUGAACCCUCAAGUAAAUAUCAAUUUAUUGAUAACCAAAAUUCAAAAUUACUUCAUGAACAUUUACGAACUUAUGGAUAUAUAGAUUCAAUUAAUACAGUUUUUGAAUAUUAUUUAUCAUUUUCUAUGUAUGAUUAUAUUCUUCGUACAGAUAUGGAUUGUUUUUUAACACAUAAUUUUGCUCAUUAUGUUCCAUAUAAUAAUUCAUUACUUGUUGGUCGUGGUGGUUAUUCUACAGCAUUUAAUAGUAAACGAUUAAAACGUAUUGCUCAUAAUAUGAAUUGGACAUAUGCAGAUAAAAAUAGUCUUGGAUCAACUUGGUAUGGACCAUCAUCCAUGGCUCAUCGUUUAGCUAAUUAUACAUUGCAAGCUAUGUUAUAUCUCAGUAUUAAUGAGUUUACUACACCAGAAAGAGAACAAAAACUAGGCGUUAUGCUUUGGCCUGAAUGGCAUUAUGGUGUUCUUUUAUUAUAUGGUGGUCAUUUAGCUAUUAAUCAUCUUAUUGCCAGUGAAAAUUUUAAUAUAGGUCUUGCUGAUCAAUUAUUAGAUCAAGGUGUAACAUCAAAGGAUAAAACAGAUAUUGAUAAAAAUCUUCGUUUACAUCUUCACUGUUGGCAUGGAGAUGAGCCAUUUUCGAAAUUUGCAUUCAAAGCAGGAAAAUACAAUGUUAUACAACCAUCUAGCUUAAUUUCAGAUACAUCAGCAUCCGGUUACGCAAUGCGAAUAGCAUUAGAAUCUAAAUUAAUGACACUUGAACAACUAAAACAAAAAUUGAUUGAUAUUAAAAAAUGA